UUGGGCUAUUUAUAUUCUAAAGCCUAGAAUUUGUGCUCAAGUUGACCAUUCGAUAAAGAAUGUAUAUAGUACUGAGUUGUCAAUGGCUGAACCUUGGAAUUAUAAUGGCUUGGGGAACUGAUUUCUAGUAUUUAAGAGGAAUUUUCCUUGCUAAGACUGCUAUUAGCUGAAUGGUUUGUUGAGAAAUUAAGAAAGUUAGCAGUAGGAUUGAGAAUGAGUUGUCAGAGUACGGUGUUCAUGAGCUACAUCCUGUUUAUGGAUCACGUUCAAGUAUACGUACAAAAUAAAACUACUGCCUGACAAUUAGUUUGGCUGAGAGGAAAGGAAAGGGAAGGGAGGGUGCCUUUGAAGUAUGGAAUGAGGAGGUGAAUAUUGGAUAUGUGUAUGCGAGGGCAGAGGAGAGUGAGAAGGAAGGUUUAAUUAUAAUUGGAGGGUGUUCAAGAGGAAGAAAAGAAGGGAGAAUUGGGGCAUGAUUGUGUUCGUUCAUAUUGCUAGGGAAUGGAGGAUAUUAACAAGAUCUAUGCACCAAGGGUGGAUGAUCCAUCGACAAGAACAUUUGAACAGUGUUCCUCCUAUUCAUUUCAGAUAUCUGGACCAUUUGGAUAUCAGAUAUGCUAUGUCUAUCUCUACAGAAGCGGACCAGAUGGUUGGAAGCCUGACACCGUGAGGAUUUCUGGUUAUUAUUCGAGGAAUGUUACUUUUACCUACAAUACCUGCAUCCCCAGAGAUGUUUGGUACGGGUUUAAUUUGUGCCACAAUGCCUCUUCUGCACUUCAGCGAGGAAUUCCGCAAUGGUUUUUGUACACGAACCUUGCGGUUCUUGCUAGUUUUAUAUUGCAAGUUUAAACAAAUAAGAAGCAGCACAUUGUAGGUUGCUGGGACAAUUAGCAACUUAUCGGUUCUUGCUAGUUUUUUUUAUUGCAAGUCCAAACAAAUAACAAGCAGCACAUUAGUGGCUGCUGGGACAAUUGCUAGCAAAUUAUCGUCAGUGGCAUGUUGCUGAAGACUAGGAAAAAUAUUAGUACUGGAAAUGUGGCGAACCAUUUCCAUAUUUCUAAUAUGGUGUGACGUUGUAACUAGCUACUAUUGUUCUGAGAGGAUUCAAGGAUAGGUUGGACUGGUGAAAAGGUGUUUUAUUUUAUUUCUUACUUGAUCGAUGAAUACUCAAUACGCCUUGGUUAUAUGUAUAGACUUGUAUCAUAGCCUAAUAAUGAUUCAACCU